UUGAAUGAACCUUGAAUAUAUUGAAUGAAAGUCUGAAUAUAUUGAAAUAAGUCUAAAUAUAUUAAUUAAAUCUUGAGAGUCCUUAAUGCUUGUGUCAUGAAAGGAGUACCCUUCUGAUUUCCCUGGCUACACAAAAUGGCAUCGGCUGAAAUAGUCCAAUACUUUAUUGAACUGGAAUCUUUUUUUGCAACAGCUGGUCAUACGCCAAACGACACAAACAGUUUGGAAAUUAUAUCGCGUCACCUUGAGGAUCAUAUUUCCAUUAUUGCGACAUUCUUGGUGCUCAUGAGCAAUCCUGUUGCUCAAAAUGUUGCUGAAAGAACAUUAUGCAUCAUUCUUGACGGAAUUUAUGAGUGUCUUUGCGAGAUGUUUGAAGAAGUAACACUUCAAAUGGAAGCGCAUGGUAUGGGCACACAUUCUGCAUCUCGGGUAGGAAGACCGAGGUACAACAUACCAGCUGUUCAGCUUACUCACAUGCGGGAUUUAGGAUUUAGCUGGAUGGCCAUAUCUCGAAUGCUGUCUGUAAACAUUCGAACACUGUACAACCACAGGACACAUCUCGGUUUAGUGGACUAUGGGAGUUUUACCAACAUUUCAAAUGAUGAUCUUGGCCGUCUUAUAACUCAGGUUCUUAGUCAAACCCCUGGCUCAGGAGAGACCUACAUCACUGGUAGUUUGAGAGGGAGAGGGAUUAGAGUUCAGAGAUGGCGAGUGCGAGAGCAAUUAAGAAUAGUAGAUCCCGUGGGAAGAGCCUUAAGAGGACGAAGGGCAAUACAAAGGAGAAUCUACAAUGUCUCUGUCCCAAAUCAAGUGUGGCACAUUGACACAAACCACAAGUUGAAUCCAUGGGGAUUUGUGUUUCAUGGAGGAGUUGAUGGCUAUAGCCGCUGCAUUACUUACUUACGAUGUUGCACAGACAACAGAGCAGCAACUGCCUUGCAACUUUUUCAGGGGGCCGUUGAUGUAUUUGGACUCCCACAUCAUGUCAGGAGCGAUGCUGGGAGUGAAAAUAUCGAUAUAGCACGGUUUAUGAUUGAAAAUCGAGGGGCAAACAGAGCAAGUUUCAUGGUUGGACGUAGUGUUCAUAAUCAAAGAAUUGAAAGAUUGUGGGGAGAACUAAACAGGGUGGUGUCAGCAUACUUUAAAGACCUUUUCCUCUUUAUGGAAAAUGUUGGAAUUUUAGACAGCACUGACCCACUUCACAUUAGGGCUCUUUACCAUGUUUACCUUCCGAGAGUAAACAGAUCUGUGGAUGAGUUUGUAAGGCAGUGGAACAACCACAGCUUAAGGACAAUGGAGAGCAGGUCCCCACUGCAACUCUGGACAGUGGGAAUGCUCCAACUUCCUCAAGAUGUAAGACUGAAUCAGGUGCAUGUGCAACCCCCUUAUUACCACCACUGGGACGUUGAUUUAAUGCAAAUUAAUCCAAUGAUUGAUGAUGGAAAUCAUGGGAUAGAACAUUUUCUAACAGCAUGUGACCUGCUUCAAAGAAAUGACUAAUAAUAAUUUGACAAAUGAAAACCCAUAGCAAUUAUCACCACAUAUAUACAUG